AAAGCUUCUGCAGACAGACUCAGUCAGUCAGUGAGUGAGGAACAGAGCGUCAGUGUGCUCCUGCUCUCAGCCGUCACACCUUCCUCUCAGCUCAUCAUCAUCAUCAUCAUCAUCAUCAUCAUCACUCCGAGUCUCUCAGCAGCAGCACAAGAACAAAACAUGGUCCUUCAUCACAAAGAGUUCGCCACGGCGGGUCAGAAAGCCGGUCUGCAGAUCUGGAGGAUCGAGAGUCUGGAGCUGGUUCCUGUUCCAGAGGGCUUACACGGGAACUUUUACACCGGGGACGCUUAUGUGAUCCUGAACACGCUCAAACAGAGGGACAGCUUCUUCUACCACCUUCACUACUGGCUCGGAAAGGAGUGCAGUCAAGAUGAGAGCACGGCGGCGGCCAUCUUUACUGUGCAGCUGGACGACUACCUGGGAGGGAAGCCGGUCCAGUACAGGGAACUGCAGGGGGUCGAGUCCACGGCCUUCAGCAGCUACUUCAAGGGAGGGAUCACGUACAAGACAGGGGGCGUGGCCUCAGGUUUCCAUCACGUGAUCACCAAUGAACUUUCGGCACAGAGACUCCUCCACAUCAAGGGCCGGCGGGUGGUCCGGGCGACGCAGGUCCCCCUCAACUGGUCCAGCUUCAACAGCGGGGACUGCUUCAUCGUGGACCUGGGAGACAGGAUCUAUCAGUGGUGUGGGACCAAGUGCAACAGGUUUGAGCGCCUGAAGGCAGCACAGGUGGCCAGAGCGAUCAGAGACAACGAGAGGAACGCCCGAGCGGAGCUGGUGGUCGUAGAAGAAGGAAGUGAACCCUCCACCUUAACUGAUGUUCUUGGAGUGAAGCCGCAGCUGUCAGAGGGAAACGAUGAUGACGACACAGAGGCAGACGUGUCCAACAGGAAAAUGGCCAAACUAUACAUGGUUUCUGAUGCAACAGGAUCCAUGAAAGUGAGCGUUGUGAAGGAGGAGAACCCUUUCCUCCAGACCGACCUGAUCUCAGAGGAAUGCUUCAUCCUAGAUCACGGCAAAAACAAGAUGAUAUUUGUGUGGAAAGGGCAGAAAGCCAACCCUGGUGAGAGAAAAGAGGCAAUGAAAACAGCCGAGGGCUUCAUCAAACAGAUGCGCUACCCAGCAAACACACAGAUCCAAGUGUUACCUGAGGGUGGAGAGACCCCCAUGUUCAAGCAGUUCUUCAUGGGGUGGAGAGACCGGGACCAGAGCGAGGGAUUCGGGAAGGUGGUUGUCACAGAGAGGAUUGCGAGGAUCCAGCAGGUGGAGUUUGAUGCCUCAAAGCUCCACGAGUCCCGUCACAUGGCAGCUCAGUACAACAUGGUGGAUGACGGCAGCGGAGACACACAGAUCUGGAGGGUGGAGAGCAGCGGCAGAGUUCCUGUCGACUCAAAGAGCUUCGGUCAGUUUUACGGCGGCGACUGCUACAUCAUCCUGUACACGUACGGAAAGAGACAGAUCAUCUACACCUGGCAGGGAGCGAGCUGCUCUCUAGACGAGCUCACAGCCUCGGCCUUCCUGACCGUGCAGCUGGAUCGAUCGCUGGGAGGAAACGCGGUUCAGGUCAGAGUGUGUCAAGGUAAAGAACCUCCUCAUCUGCUGAGUCUCUUCAAAUCCAAACCCCUCAUCAUUUAUAAGAAUGGUACGUCCCGCCACGGAGGUCAGGCCCCCGCUCCUAAGAUCAGACUGUUUCAGGUCCGGCGAAACCUCGGCACCAUCACCAGGAUCGCUGAGGUGGAUGCUGCGGCAGCCAGUCUGAACUCUAACGACGCCUACCUGCUGAAGAUGGACGGUGGGCGGGGCUACCUGUGGAUGGGUAAAGGAGCCAGCGAUGAAGAGUUAAAGGGAGCCGAGUACAUGAGUAAAGAGCUGAACUGCAACAGCAAGCGCAUCACGGAAGAGAAAGAACCAGCCGACUUCUGGGUGGCGUUGGGAGGGAAGGGAGAGUACCAGACCUCAGAGAGACUGGAGAGUCAGACCCUGCAUCACCCUCCUCGUCUGUUUGGAUGCUCCAAUAAGACGGGCCGGUUCAUCAUCGAGGAGGUUCCAGGAGAGUUCACUCAGGACGACCUGGCAGAAGAUGACGUGAUGCUGCUGGAUGUUUGGGAUCAGGUACACUGCUGCCGCUGUAUUAACCUGAACGAUCAUCUCUGGACCAAUCAAAGUCUCUCUCUCUCUAACACAUGUGAUCCUCUGCUGCAGGUGUUUGUCUGGAUCGGGAAGGAUGCCAACGAGGUGGAGAGGACUGAAUCGCUCAAAUCUGCCAAACAGUACGUGGAGUCUGACCCCAGCGGACGGGACAAGCAGACCCCUCUGGUGGUGGUGAAACAAGGCCAUGAGCCCCCCACCUUCACAGGCUGGUUCCUGGCCUGGGACCCGUCCCACUGGGACUCGGUCAGCAGGAGCAUGCAAGCCAUGCGUCUGUAGACUCUCUGAAACAAUGCUUUUCUACAAACAGUGUGAUGAGAGAAACACACUUUUUCAUCUGCUUUCACUUUUUUAACUUCACAGUUGCACUUAAGUUGUUUUUAUUGUUUUAUACCGGAAAUAUUGUUUCUGCAGAUGUGUUAGAGAUUCUCAGAUGUGUCGUCUGAAUUGGGCCAAAAAAAGGAAAUCUUCAGGAAUCAGGGCUCCUGGAUUUUCUGUUCGAAAUAGUCUGUCUCCUUUGAAAUCUUUUUUUUUUCUCGUAAAAUUAUUCUACAAAUAAGUUGUUUGCAUGAACAAAUGAAUAAAGAUUGAAUAUUGAACUCUU